AUAGCUCCGGACGCCGAGGGAAAGAGAGAGAGAGCGGACAGCUUCAAGGCUGGUGUCGAGAUGAGUGUGGGCCGCAAGCAAUGUUGGGAUGAGUGGAAUAUUGGGACGAACACAGAAAGGUCGAUUUCUUAGGAGGAAUGGGAGGGGGGAAAUGAGGAAUAAGAUGAAGAAGAGGUCGGAGCUGAAUUCGAGGAAGAUGGCGUCAAAAAUGGAGAUGGAGUGUUGAAGAAGAUUGGUGUCAAGCGCAAACAGCGAGCCGUGCGCCAAACCGAGUUCUGGAGGUGAAAUGGAAGUGAAUGAGGGCGAGUGAAGUGGAAGGUGUGAAGAAGAGCUCGGAGCCCGAGCAUGAUAAAGAAAUAUCGGGUCCAGUAGGAAGGAUUUUUUUUUUGAGAUAGUGGAUCUUUGCCUUUUGGCGUAUCCAUUUUUGGUGGGAAAUUAGUUGGGUGCAGUUGAAUCAGUGAAGGCAACCUGUAGUAGACUUAUGAUAUUGGUUUAUGUUUCUUCUGACCAGAGGGAGUGGGCUCUCCGUGUCACGCAACUUGGGUCAAUAUAUGUUAUCUCGCUUUGCUCUUAGGAACAUGGCACCAUUGAAAUUAGUGUUUUCUGGGGUAGCGUUAAGUGUGGAGGUGGAGCAAUUGAAGUCGAAGAUUUCCUGGUGUUUGUGACGACCGCCGUAUUUGGUGCGACGCAGUUCCGGUGGUGAAACAGGAGUCGCUGUCAGUCCUUUGGAGUUUUGAGUCUUUACUCGACAAAGUCAUUUUAGGAUAUCAGUUAUCCUGAUAGGGCUUUUGUGUUAAAUCCACUGCGCUGUUUCAGGUGCACCAUUUAUAGUCGUCACAGCAGUAUGUAGGAGGACAUUUUCAAGAUGUGUGCAGAAGUACACGGGACAGAGGAUUGUGUAGUUUCGUUGGAUAAAGUUGUGUGUCAACUGUAGGGGUGGGGAAGUGUCCGUCGGAUGCGAGAGAGACAGGUGGAGGUGGUCAGAUUCAGAGUAGUGCAGGUGCGGUAUGCUGAGGCAGUGAAGAAAGUAGAGGAGGAUGUUUCAAGGGUCCGGAGAGGAUGCCCGUGAUUAGUGGAUCUGUGCCAGCACAGCGGGAUAGGUCAACGAGUGAUAUAUGCUUCAGUAAGGUUGGCUUUUUAGCUAUGGUUAUCAACUGUACCGCAUAAAUUGAAUGUAAAUCAGAGAAAAUAUAUGUUGUGGUGCAGAGAAGCAUUUGGUUAUACGAUAUUUGACUUCAGAAAUGUUACAGGGUGUGUUGAGUUGUGGUGUCCUGUCCUCCCAGGCCGGUGUCAUGGUCAAAGUAGUGGAAAGGGGUAGUAUAUUUUUUUUAACGAGUGUAGCGUUAGUAGUAGGAACCAUGAGCUAUGUACCUUGGCAAUUAGGGGACAAAUAACAACAACGGAUUAGCGACGUUUUCGUCGUUUGUAUGAUGAUGAUUAUUAUUAUUAUUAUUUUUUAUUCGGUUCAUUACCAGUACAGUUGGUGGCGGCGUGCACUAUUGAAGAAUUGUUGCUACGUGAUAAUGUCGCUACGUUGAGACUCUCAAAUCGAUUGACACGUAGCUACAAUUAGUAAACAAGGAAGAAAAUUAAAAGUAGAGACAAAUAAAAUACAAGAAAUAAAGCUAUCUAGAUCUGUCUCAGAUCUCAGAAUCCUGCCUCAAUAUGAACAUAUUUCACCACAGCAUCAGAUUUCAUGUUCUCUUCAAGUUCUCCCAAAUUUCCCACUCUACCCAGUUACACCUGAAGAAUGUCUACUCCAGCUUGGCAGUGUGCAUGUUCGUGGCUGCAGCAGGCUCCUAUGUCCAUGUUGUCACAAGGCUCUUUCAGGGUGGUUUGCUGUCACUUCUGUGUUCCCUGGGCAUGAUGGUUUGGUUGUCCAUGACGCCACACAACUCGGAGACAGAGAAGAAUAGACUGGCUAUCCUUGCAGGAUUUGCUUUCUUCACAGGUGUUGGUCUUGGACCGGCAAUGGAUUUUGUCAUUACCAUUAACCCAAGCGUCAUUGUGACAGCCUUCCUCGGAACCUCCAUCAUCUUCAUCUGCUUCACUCUCAGUGCUCUGUACGCCAAGCGUAGGAGCUACCUCUACCUGGGAGGGACUCUGAUGUCUGGAUUGUCCAUCUUGUUCCUUGUGUCUGUGUUGAACAUGUUCUUUGGAUCAGCAAUACUCUUCAAGGCUCACAUGUACAUGGGGCUGGUCAUUAUGUGUGGCUUUGUUCUGUUCGACACUCAGCUCAUCAUUGAGAAAGCCGAGAACGGAGACAAGGACUACGUCUGGCAUUGCGUGGACCUGUUCCUCGACUUUGUGACCAUUUUCAGAAAACUCAUGAUUCUUCUUGCCAUGAAUGAGGACAAGAAGAAAGAAAAGAAGUAGAUGGAAGAAAUCCAAUUGAAGUUUCAAAUAAAAAAUGAUCUGUGAGAAGGAACAGAACCAGCAACAAAGCCUCUGGUCUGCAAUGCUGUUGGUGCUUUUACUAUUUGUCGUUCUAUUUUAACUUAUGGUAUAUUGUUUAUUUGCUUUGUUUUGAGCUUGCAAAAGGAGGUUACGAUAAAAGGCUGUAUUUUAAGCUACUGCUGCAGUGAUGAUGCUUGUCCUGUAGGGAGAGUGGUUGUUCUAUGAAGGCCUACGUUCGCAAAACUGUAAAUGAUUUUAUGCCAAGAUUUUUCGGUGGACUGUCCUGAGCUUGGAGAUGAAUCAUUGUUUUAUUUUAAGUCAUAAUAUUUUGGUUUGUUGUCAGUGCUAUUCCCCGCAAUCGUUUUUUAUUUUUAUUUUUAUUUAUAGAAAGUUAUGUGACGGACAUCAUGACCUGUGAUAGUCUUGAGCACCACUCCUUGAGCUUUCUCUAUUAUUGUCUCCUGCUCCACUUAUGUAUGCUACCUUGAAGAAUAACCUUAUAAACAAUCUCUUGGUACCGUUUUGCUAAUUCAGAUGACCUUUUCAUGAAGAUUUAGUGCACUUUAUGGUCAGACUGGUGAGCUUUUGUGGCACAAAAAGGACUGGUCAAGGCUGUAGAAUAGAUGAACCAACUGCCGAUGCAUUCUCUCGCAAGAUUUGUGCCAAAUUGUAUUUUCUUUCACGUUUUGAUCAUCUGUAUACUGUGAAAAACACAUUUUAUAAGUGUAAUUAUGAUAAUCUAAUUUGAUACAUUUUAUUUAAAUACAUUUAAAAAUGCUUAACUAAA